UGUGAAUAUUACGAAUUUUGGAGAUCUGCGUAUCAUGACAAUAAUCCAGUACUUGAAAACUGAUAAGUUGUAAAUAUAAAUACUACAUCUAUCUCAAACCUAACUCAGUGAGAAAAAAACGACCAAGGAAUAUGUUAUUCUUUAACAUUAAAUAUUUUGUCGUCCUUCUCGCUUGUUAUGGCGGGUUGGUAGAGAGUAAAGUUGUUGAUGCUCGCCAGUCACCAAGGAAAUUUCCAGAUGGAUUUCUGUUUGGUGCAGCCACUGCCGCUUAUCAAAUAGAAGGCGCUUGGAAUAAAGAUGGAAAAUCUGAGAGUAUUUGGGACAAAACGUGUCACAUGGUACCAAGUCCUAUCGCCGAUGGUUCAAGCGGCGACAUCGCUAACGACUCCUACCACCUGUACAAACGAGACGUAGAAAUGAUGAGAGAGCUAGGACUCGAUUUCUAUCGGUUCUCGAUCGCAUGGACCAGAAUAUUCCCAACCGCCUACGCUGAUAAAAUCAACGAAGCUGGAGUAGCGUACUACAACAAUCUGAUCGAUGAAUUACUGAAAUACAAUAUCCAACCCAUGAUAACGAUUUACCACUGGGACUUACCCCAGAAUAUCCAAGAUUUGGGUGGAUGGACCAACCCAAAUAUCAUUGAUUGGUACACGGACUACGCACGAGUAUUAUUCGAACUGUUUGGUGAUCGAGUUAAAUACUGGAUUACUGUGAACGAGCCGCGAGAGAUUUGUCGUCAAGGCUAUGGGAAGGGCAGUUUGGCUCCAUUAUAUACUAUGUCCGGUUUUGGAGAUUAUAUAUGUGGCAAGAAUUUAUUAUUGGCCCAUGCCAAAGCCUACCACAUCUACGAUAAAGAGUACAGGCCCAAACAAAAUGGAACUAUUUUUAUUUCUAUCAGCGCUGCAAGAUACGAGCCUAAUAGUGAUAGUGAGGAAGAUAUAAAAGCAGCUGAAGAUGCCAACAUGUUUGAUUGGGGCAUGUACGCUCAUCCCAUUUUCUUUGAGUCCGGUGACUAUCCUCAAAUUGUGAAAGACAGAAUAGCUCAGAAAAGUGCUGAACAAGGAUAUCCUCGCUCCCGACUCCCAGAGUUCACACCUGAAGAAAUUGAUUACCUUCGCGGUACCUCUGACUUGUUUGGCCUCAACCACUAUUCCACACAUUUGACGUACAGAAACGAGUCGGUUAUUGGGUACUACAAAGUCCCAUCAUACGAUGAUGAUCUUAGUAUCAUAUCCUACGCCAGUCCUGAUUGGUUAACUGGAUCCCAUCCGCGAAUUAAGACAACCCCGUGGGGAUUCUACAACCUUUUGAGGAAAAUAAGUGAAAGCUACAACAAUGUACCGAUUUUUAUCACUGAGAACGGUUACGCAACAUAUGAAGGGUUAGAAGACGAUGACCGAGUAUAUCACUUCAAGGAAUAUCUAGGUGCUGUUCUGGAUGCCAUUAAUGAUGGAUCUGAUAUAAGAGGCUACACUCCUUGGAGUCUAAUGGAUAACUUUGAAUGGUUGCAAGGCUAUACGCAAAGGUUCGGUCUCUACGAGGUGGACUACAACAGCCCCGAACGCACGCGCACCCCGCGCAAGUCAGCGUUCCUUUACAAAGAGAUCCUGCGCACGAAGACCUUGGACAAGGACUAUGAACCCAAAUUGACAGCUAUGACUAUCGAAGAAGGACAUUAAAUAUAUUUUUAUACUUUGACAA